AUGAAUGGUAUUACGGAACUUAACAGUGAAGCAUACCAGUGGUUGAUGAAAAAUCCCCUAAGCAUGUGGUCAAGGCAUCCAUUUGAAGCUAGGGCAAAGAGUGACCAUAUCACAAAUAACAUUUCAGAAUCUUUCAACCAAUGGAUAACAAAUAUAAGACAUAUGUUUAUUCUCACCUUACUUGACCAGCUAAGAGUGAAGCUGAUGGAAAGAAUGUAUAACAUGUAUGAGAAAGGCUGUGGUUAUGACAUUCAAGGUAUAAUGACAACAAAUGUGAAAAAAAAGUUAGACAUGGUGCAGCAAAAGGCAACGGAAUAUAUUUUUUGUCCAUCUAGUCCAAAUGCUUUUAAGGUGACAGAUAUGUUUCAAGAUCGCAUGUUGGUUAAUUUGAUAGAUCACACAUGUACCUGUAGAGUGUGGAAUUGUACUGGGCUACCAUGUAAACAUGUAGCAGCAGCUAUUACAUUCAUGAGGGAAAAACUUGAAAGAUAUUGUGAUUCAUUAUACAGUAUCAAGACAUUUAUGGAUGUAUAUGGAGGGAUGAUCCAUCCAUUUCUUGAUCUGGUUGAAUUGACACCAAAUGAUCCUACCAAACUGGUACAGCCUCUAGUUCUUAAAAGGAGACUAGGAAGACCUCACAAAAUCAUGAACGAGGAAGGUGAUGAGGAGUACAAUGGGAGAUCAACACAAAUGAGAUGUAGAAAAUGCAAGCAAGUAGGCCACAACAAGAGGAUAUACCAGUUAGCUCCAAUGAAGGGCACUGAAGCUUCUACUAGUAAGGGAGUUGAUGUGAAAGUAUAUAACCUAUAUGCUUUUGUAGAUAUUUAA